AUGCUUUCAAUUAGAGAUUUAUUAACAAGCUCGCAUCAGAACGGUACUGUUGUUACUUCUACCUCCUCUCCUCCCAACACAACCUACAGACAAUAUCAAGCUGCUGACUCCAAACCAAAUAUGCUCUCGUCAACAACAAUAACAAACAUGAGUAUCGAACCCAAUCACCAUCCAUCUCAUGGACAAUCAUCAGCCUUGCCAUCUCUCAUGAAUCAUGACGAAUCAGCAUCAGCAGCAACCAUGCACAUGUCCAGAUCCAUGCCUCAUCAUCAAGAUUUGGUCCGUGAAGAAAUCACCAAACAUCAUUCAUCAUCACCAAAUACAAUGACCCAUCCUGUUCGCGUGUUGACCACGACGACAGUAUCUUACGGUGGCAAAGAGAUACCAACAACAGUAGCAUCAAAUACAAUGAACUCUGUUUCCAUCCCCAAUUACAUGAGCACAACCUUGUCGACCAUACCGAGUUCAUCAUCCUUUAGACCUAUUAGCAACGAGUCUUUGGACGUUCAUGACUCACACCAACAUCAGAAAGCAUCAUCACCACAACCAUUGUCAUCCUUUCCAUCGUCAUCAUCAUCACCACCACAACAAACACCUAUCUCUACCGCCAAUCCAUCUACAACAACAGUAUUACCAGAACCGAGUUUCGUUUCUACAAACACACCAAGCCCAAAUCAAAAUAAUAUCUCGACAUCCUCCAAGAUCUUUUCGAACAAUAACACCUCGGACGAAUCUAACGGCAUGAUACAUGCACAGCGGCUACCUUCGAUUGAUAGUCUAAUGACUACUCAACCUCCACCCUACACUCCCCAUUGUACCACUACUACUGUUGCCUCGAGACGGCGCAUGUCAAACCACCACACGAGCUCAUCAGAUACGACUUGUCAAUUGCCAGGACUGACCCCCUACUUACCCAGUCAUGCGACCACAAACGACUUCCAUCAUUCGCAACAGGUCCAUGUACCACAAAGAGAGUAUCUCGAUGGAUAUCAUUAUCAACCUCCUCCAACUACUACUCUUCCUUCACAGCAACAACAUUACCACAAUUCUCAUUAUACACACGCACCACAGUCCAAAAGCAUGUACUUACCUCAAUACCAUGAAGAUCCAUUCAUGAAUAGUGCUACAGUUGUUCAAAAUACUCAGAAUCAUCUCUCCCAUACAGAACGAACAUUUGGUCCACCACAACAAUUGCACCAAAAUCAUUCAAGAGCAGUCAUGCAUCAUCCUAUAAGCCAAUCGCAAUCCUCAUACUAUUCAGACGAACAUUCACCAAACAGUUAUCAUGCACAUUCUCCAUAUUAUCCUCCUCCUUAUUUGCCUCCUCCUCAUCAUGAAAGAUCACCUCCACCCUAUUACGGAGGCAUGACCUCUGGCAACACGUCUGCAACUUUGCAUCCAUCUCCAAUGCAUCAGUCACAAAUGGUGCAUCCACAGAAUGUUUCAAGAUCCUCACAUCCUACGGUGCUUGCAACUCCAAAAGCUAAUCUAUCAAACAAGCCCUCAUCCACAAAAACUACUUCCCCACCACAACCUUAUUACAAUAAACCUCAGAGAGAACAACCACAGAAGGUAGCACCUACGGUUGCUGAAGAUCCAAACAUGGACGAUGGCGAUGAAGAAGACGAGGAAUUUGAUAACACCAAGAAGCAGCAAAGUACUAAGAGUGGUAAUUACAGGUUCAGAAAGGGCUGGACUCGUGAUGAGCAUAUUCGCUUUUUAAUAGGUGUUCAUCUAUUUGGAAGAGGCAAUUGGAAGAGUAUUUCAAACGUGAUACAAGGCAAGUCACCUAAACAAGUUCAGUCACACGCUCAAAAGUAUUUCCUAAGACAAGAACAAACGACAAAGACCAAACGUUCCAUCCAUGAUUUUAACUUGAAUGAUUUGACUAACUUGCUACAAGACGAAUCUUUUAGACAAUCUGUUCGAGAAGAUAUGUCAAAAAAGGGUAGAGAUUUGGAAGACUUGAUUAACAGGUUCGAGGAAUCCUAUAACAAUAAGAAUGAUAAAGCAGAGGAGGGCGAUCAAGAUGCUGUGGACAGCAACACGAACGAGAGUCGCAAUGUUGGAGCUAGCAGUGACAUGAAAUCGAGUGGUAAAAUUGUAAAUAACCUCGCAUCUCAAAGGAUUGCUGGCUAUAAGCCUUACAAUUAA